UUUUUAAUAUUUUUGUGCAGCACCUUGGAAACAUUUUUGUUGUUUAAAUGUGCUACAUAAAUAAAGUGGAUUGGAUUGGAUUGGAUUAAGUUCUUUGUCAAUGUUGUGUUUUAGGGACCCCAACAAGCCGGUGCCCCAGGACACCAAGUUCAUCCACACCAAAGCCAACCGCUUCGAGGAGGUGGCCUGGUCCAAGUACGACCCCUACGACCAGCUCUAUCUGCACAUCGGCCUCAAGCCUCGCAUCCGUGAUCACUACCGCGCCACCAAGGUGGCCUUCUGGAAACACCUGGUCCCGCACCUCUACAACCUCCACGACAUGUUCCAUUACUCCUCCACCACCACCAAAGUCACGCCGCUGGAUCCCACUCAGUCCGCCGGGAAAAGAUCCGGCAGCACGGGCCGCCCUCCCGUCUCCCCGGGCCAAAACAGCGACGAAAGCGGGAGAGAGAUGGGUCCUCUGAUCAUGCCCAAUCCCCGGGAUUACUCCACCGAGCUCAGCGUCACCAUUGCCGUCGGGGCGUCUCUGCUCUUCCUCAAUGUGCUGGCCUUCGCCGCUCUCUACUACCGCAAAGACAAGCGCAGCCGACAGGAAACGUCCCAGCAGCCCAGUCCUCAACGCGACAGCAAGGGAAACAACGUGAGCCAUGCCGCCACUGUGGACGAGACCCUGUCCAGGAACCAGUGUGAAGCCCUCCACAAUCCCAUCCACGUGUCUCCCACCUUGGACUACUCUCUUAGUCAGCGCCGCUCUCCUGACGACAUCCCGCUGAUGACCCCUAACAACAUCACCAUGAUCCCUAACUCACUGAUGGGCCUCUCCAACAUGAAUCCCUACAGCACCUUCCCAGCCGGCUACAGCUCCGCCGGCCUGCCCAGCACCCACUCCACCACGCGGGUAUAAUUGGCCGUGACGUAAACGAAACCACAGAAAUGCAUAGCUGUAAUUAGGAUGUUUAGAUCCAAAUAGGAACGUUGUUUUCUUUUCCGAGCUACUUCCAGCAUCCUGAAUAUGCUCCAUCAUGACGGGAAGUCUUUGAAGGAGUCAUCUCCAUAUUCAUGUAGGCGACAAAAAAAAGGAACUUUACCUGGACAGAACAAUCAUGAUCAUGUUUAUACGGUUGGAUUUGUACGGGAAGUGCUUUCUUAGUGUCUAUUUUGAUCGGGUGGAGCUCGCCACGGAACGAGAUGUGGGAGAAGUGAGGGGCAAGCAGCAGUGUUAUCAAUCUGUUUUCUACAUUUUUCUCAUUGCUUCAUAUGAAAAAUUUAUUUUUACUGCAGUUCCUCUAACACGCCUUCACCUAAUGAAAUGGAAUACAAGUCCUCAUGAGGAAGAAUAUCUCCAAUUUCUACUAUAGCAUAGGUGUGCUCCAAAAAUGUAAAUUAGGCAUUCUUAUCAAAAGAAGUGUUUUGCUAAUGUAGUGUGUUGUAAUUUAUUGUAGUCUAUUUGAGUAUCUUUUUUCCCUUUCAAGUAUUUGAUAUUUUUUGCUUAAUACAUGCUAACUAAGAAUAUAAUCUCUGCUUCUAUAAGAAAAAAAAAACUCAUUAUAGGCUUUAAAUGUGUUUUCUCACUCUAACAAAUUAUUUUGCUUGUUUGUACAGAAUAACAUUUGAUGGUUAUUUCUAUAUUAAUAUGCUGAACUCUACGCUAAAAGAUACCUGUAAUUACAUUGUAAUUGUAUGUAUCCCAACGCAAUCGCCGGCAUUGAAAAUGUAGUUUUGUUAAAAAAAAAGCCUGCAGGUCACUGCUAUAGGACCUUGGACAUAAUGACAUCGAUCCCAUAGGUUCUCUCUUUUUCUCAAGAACAUGUUGGACUUUAAACUUUGCGUUCUUUCAAGCAGUCAUAAUGUGGUUUAACCUAUUAAACUAUUUUUUUCCAACUAA